AUUUCCGUUUCUGAGCUCGUGCUAAGCAGACACGUGAACUUCAUAGCAGAAAAGAACGAAAAUACCUUUGGCUUGAAGAAAUUAGUUGGCUUAUUUUUUUUUUCGUGUAAAAGAUCUAUCAAAAUUUGUGUGCCGCCGACGCGCAAGGAUCACAUUUUUAAACAAAAUCAGUGCUGUUAAUCAAGUUGAACCUAAGCUAAAUCGAGUUGCAGUUCGCCAGGCGACGUAGUCGCAAAAAGAUCAAGUUACCAGUAGGGACAUGCCAACCAUGACACGGAUGCAUCGCCACUCCAGUUCCAGUGCCGUGGUGGAGGAGUCGCGUGGCCGGCGCCGUGGAGUGGGCGUGCCAGGAGUCGGAGACGCGAACAAGGAGAAUUUCGGGGUGCACUUCAUGAGCAGUCCCUUCGGCAAUGCCAGUUUGAUUGCCCUGCAGGAUUUGAGCAACGUGCACGGAAAGAGUCCGCAGCGCAGGAGUUUCAGCGAGGGCAGUGGUCCGCGGCAGGCCACGCCACAAUUGGCGGCACUGCGCUGCUUGCCACGCACCACCGGUGGUGCAGUUGCUCUGGAGGAUUCUCAGCUCUCCUCAUCGCGAAUGGGCGAUACCACACUGGACCGCAUGCUGGAUGCCAUCAUAGAGUCGGCCAGGAAGGAGGUGAGGUGUACGAAGACACUGCCAGGCGCCGGCGCCACCACUUCGACCACCAUUUUGGCGGAUAAUGCCGAGUGGAGCGAGACCAGUGUCCACGAAAUGGAGGUGCGCACGCCCACCCACUUGAAGCGGCAGCGGGUGGUGCGGCGCAAGAACCCACACAAGACUACCACCAUUAACCAAACGCAAAGUCACCAAGCCAAGAAGUUGGAGCCACUGCAGUUGGUUCCCAGCACCAAACGCUGCCUGAGCUUCUCAUCCAGUUCCGCCUCGAGUGAUUUGGACGAGGAUGAGCAGCAGGUGGCCAAGAGGAGUUCGCUGGCCUCCCCCACCACCACACCUCCCUCCCACUGCACCACCACCACCAGCAGCAUCAGCAGCAGCAGCAGCAGUAAUGGUGGUGCGGACAUGGAGGCCAGUCAGCGGGGCAGCAUCGAUGUGAGCAUCGCAUUCGAUGCCAAGGAGCAGCAACUUAAUGUACAUGUGAUUCGCUGUCGCGACUUGCAGCGCUCCCAUGGCAGUGGAAACGGCAGCAUCAACGCCUACGUCAAGGUGGCCCUGUCCGGAGGAGCCCAGCCACCCGGAUACGGUGGCCACUCGUCGGGGGGAAGCAUGAGUUCCGGGUACCAACGCACCGCCGUCCAUCGGCACUCGGGCCGCCCGUACUUCGAUCAGCGAUUCAACUUCCAGAUUUCCAGUGGCGAGGAGACCGCUGGACAGUAUCUUCAGUUGGCCGUGUGGCAUCGGGAUCGCCAUUUAAAACGCAGCGAGUUCCUGGGCUGCAGCACUUUUCCACUGAAUGAGUUAGUGCAUCCGGAUUCGGGCGUCUCGGCAGGAUCCUACAAGCUGCAUGCACAGGCAUGUCCUCCGCCUACUAGCCGCCAUAGCCAACCAAAAGCCAACGCAGGCCAGGAUCAAAAGCAGGAAACGGAAGCGGCGAAGGAUCAGGAUAAACAGCAGGACGAUUCCCCCGCAGAAAUGGCAGCAGCCGUCACAGUCACGCCCCAAAAACCGGUUGCCACUGGAUCCGGUUCGGGAUCGAAUUCCGCAGCGAUGGCACUGAACGACGAGGUGAUCAGCAUUAGCAUCGAUAGCAUGGGCAAAGAGGAUCCUCUGCUACCCCAGCAGCCCCAGCAGCCCAUGAAGCUCAGCAAGAAGGCACUCCACCAGCGAGAUGCCGACGAGAAUCUCUUUUUAAGAUUCCUGGAGCUGGAUCCGCCAGCGGAUGGCAAUGCAAACAGUACCACCACCCAGGCACAAGCGACGGGCUCCCAGUCCUCGGCGUCGAAGGCCAACGAAAGCAAUGCCAACCACUUGAACAAUGGGACAUCCGGUGGACGCAGACAGUCCACCAUGCCAAAUAGCGGAGGAUCUAGCGUAGGAGGCGCUGUCCGCCAGCAGCAGGGACGUACCCCAUUCACCAUGACGAAAAGACUUACGCGAACCGAGGAACGGGGCUUUGGAUUCUCUAUUGUCUGGACGCAUCCGCCACGGGUGGAGAAAAUCGAGGCGGGACUCUCGGCCGAUCGGUGUGGCAUUUUGCCCGGCGACUAUGUGAUCUUUGUGGACAAGCAUAACGUCGUCACGAUGCCCGAGGCUGAUGUUCUGAAUUUGAUACGAUCGCAGGGCUCGUCCUUGACGUUGGAGAUAUUCAGAAGGUCAGGCGCGGGCGCCACAACAAUCACGUCGACGGACUUGGGCCAGAACAAUGUACACAUAAGCACCAGAUUGGGCGCGGCAGUGGGCUUGGGCAGCGAGGAGCACACCCUGGCCACCACCGCAACAGGAACGACCACCGUAAUGAGUCUGCAAAGGACCACCAGUACGAGGAUCCAGCCAUUGGCAAAUAGCAUGAGCCGGCCGGCUACCGCAUGCUCGGGAACCACCUCCUCCAUCGAGGCGGCCAAAAGGAGGCUUCACCUGCCACAGGUCACCUUCAGCAAGGAGUCGAUUGUGCCUGUCACGGACAACCGUAGGCGCUUCCUGCUCCAGCUGAUUAGUCGGGAGCAGAACUUCACGGCUGCCCUGCACUUCGGAGUGGACCGCUUUGUGCAGCCGCUUGGCGAACGAAAGGAUCUGAUCUCGCCGAACGAUCAUCGCACUUUGUUCCAGAACAUCGACGAGCUGCUCAGGAUUGCCGAGGACAUCCUGGAGCAGUUGUGCAGCAGCGAUCAGCAGGACCAGGAGCCACAAAUGAACUUUGCCUCGCGGGUCUACCUAUCAAAAACUACAGCGAUCUGUGCGGCAUACAAGAAGUACUGCAAUGGAAUUAAGCGGGCCGACUGUGUUUUGGUCAAUAAGUCCCGACAGACUGGCUCCGAGUUUAUAGCCUUCAUUACGGAACCGGCCGUUCCACGUAAAAGACCCGAUCUCACCAUGUUCAUCCAUCGACCACUGCAGCAUUUUCGUGAAAUCCUUAAACUGAUGCAGUUGCUCGCUGGAAAUUGCCAUGUGGAUACGGAGGAGCACAAGAACUUUAGCACGGUUAUCAACGAACUGCAGGCUGCCUAUCGGGAGAUCACUGUGAGCAGUGGUCUGAUGGAACCACUGGGAGAAGGUCGCCCCCUGCUCACCCUCCAGGAUCUGGAGUCCCGGAUGGUCUUUACCAAAUGCAAGCCUUUUACGUUGGCCGUUCAGGGGCGCCAGUGGAUCUUUGGCGGCGAUUUGUCCCGGGUCGAAGGUCGCUCCGUUAAGCCCUAUUGGACACUACUAUUCAGUGAUAUCAUCGUUUUUGCCAAGGUCAGCCGUGAUCGAGUCCUGUUUAUCACAGAGGAGCCCAUUCCCAUCGCCAAUGUGGUUGACUCUUGUUUCCAUAUGCGCAAGAAAACCACCGAGUUUCGUCUCACAGUGGAUCCCAAUGGACGCCUGGCGGAGAGUCCGACGGGUUACUGUGCUCCCGAUCUCACCCGCACUCCAAAGCGAGGAGCCCGCCGCAAGAGCCUUAUUUUAAGGGCACCUUCGCUGGAACUUAAGGCCGUUUGGCAGAAUCUUCUCCAGCGGCAGAUCUUUCUAGUUAACGCCGCCCUUGGCUCCACGCCCUUGUCCAGUCCCUUGGACUCGCCGGAUGUUCUCAACACCCUGGUGCCGCUGAGUGAUAUUGGUCUGACCACCGCCUCCAUGGGGUCGAUGAAGUUACCAUCGCUGGACAGCAUCCACCUGAAGCAGCAGCAGAAACAGCAGCGUACCAACAAUUCCCACGGACACGUCCAUUCCGCCACAGGAGUGGCAACCGAUCGAACUGCGGAUCGCUCGCACGGCCACAACCAUGGCAUCCACGGUGGUCAUGUGGAACAGAUCGAGCUGCUGAUCGACGAGAAGUGUCGCAUUCUGAACAAGACAGGCACUCCCAAGUCGAGCGCCUUGCAUCUGGCCAACUGGAUGAAGGGUCAGCUGGACAAGCAGCAGCAGCAGGCUCGACUGGCGGCGAUCGCGCGAUCCCAGGAGAAUGUGAGUGCCGAGGACGAGCAACUGAUUUUCAACAGCGAUAGCGAGCAGGACGAACGGAUCACCUACUGGACGCGUCAGCAGCUGGAGAAGCGUACCAAGGAGCUCAAUCUGGCCAAGGAAAAUGGCGGGCUAUCGGCUAGGCCCAAUUUUGGGGGCAAGCGUCUGAGUGGCGUCGAGGAACUGAGCAUGAGCGCCACCUCGGAUAUCUACUCCACGUCGGAGGCGGAGGGCGUGACCAGUGUGAUCAGUCAGUCGCAUAGCACCACAUCCGACAGCCAGAUCACCGUACGCUCUAGUCCCAUUGUGCUGGACAAGCUGGCCGUUUGCCGUCAUUGCCACAAGAAUUGCCAGCAGAGCGGACCGGGUGGAGCGCGUCCUGGCGGCGGAGGCGGAGUCAACAACUCCAGUUCCACGCCCGUCCUGCUCUGCAAUUCGUUGAAAGUGCAGCACAGCCAAUCGUCGCCAAAUCGCUGCUGCAAGCUUAGCAAUGGUAUUGCGGGAGCCACGGAAAUGGCUAACCCGAAAAACAGCAAUCGAACUGGAACUGGGACAGGAAGCGUGACCAGCAUGUCCAGCAGCACUAUUACGGGGGAACUGUCCUCCAAAGUGGUGGCCAGUAGCAGUCGUCGGGAAACCGGCGACACCGAGAGCGACGUGGCCCAACUGAUAACCGAUGAAAUUUCCCAAUCGCAAUCAGAGGCCACCGAUGACAGCGUCGGAGCGAUGCCCAAUAGCAGUAGAAGUGCCGGAGAAGGAAACCCAGUUAUCACCGGCUCCAGACUACGUCAUCUAGAUCCGCCAGUCUCAGUUUCAUCCUUGCCCAAUGGCCACUGCUCCGCUGGCGUCGGUGGUGGUUCGCCAAAACCGCUGCCACCACCACGUCGCACCCGCGUUGUGGCCCAAAUGUGCCAGGAGCCACCAAGGCCAAAGGCCAACCAGCAGGUGAAGGCCAUUGUGACCAUUACGGAGACGGCCAGGAUAAUGCGGAGCAGUCCAACGAAAGGCUCGGGUUCGGGAUCGGCAACGGGCACGGGCUCGGUGGGUGGUUCCCCAGCCAAGUAUGCCGCCUGCCACUGUCGCUGUACUCCAGAGGACUUUACCCACGCUCAACUCUCGCCGGACAAAAUGGAGCACCAGACCUGCAAGCUACUGGAAUCACCCAAGCAAACGACCACCACACUGGAGCAGAAACAGGAAGACGAGCAGUUGUCCCUGAUGCUCAUUGGUCUGGCGCAGCUUGCUCCAGCUGCCACACUUUGUGGGCAGGAAAGGAUCCCCAAGGAGGAGAAUAGUACACCCACCAUAGCCGUGGUGCCGCCCACUCCCGAUUCGGUGCUCACUAAAACCAGCACUCACGUUUGGGACAACAGUGGCUGCUCGUCAAACGGCGGAGGAACCUCAACCACCAGCACCGCUACCACUACAACGAAACAACCAAGGCAGGCCAUUAUUGAGAAUAUUCCAGAGGACUCGUGUGACGAGUCCCCAUUGGAUGAGGAACCACCCUAUCGACCCAUGAGCAGUGCUCUUCGCCGAUUCGGCACCAUGUCAAGCUUAGAGAAACUACCUUCCGAUGAUCGAAUGGAUGAGGCCGAUGAGCUAGAUGAUGAUUUGGAUUCAUUUAAGCCAAAUGGCCACGACGGCAACAGUCCCCAAAACGAGGAAGACGACGAGGAUGCGGACUCGGAACGAGCUUUGGUACAAAACGACCUGGGGGCCUCCAGUUCGUCCGGAGUGAUUGUCAAUGGCGAGGGCCUGGCCAGUGGUGCGUGGACAAAUCGGGCGGGAGCCUAUGUCUCCGACAAGAUGUCCUUCUUCGAGGAAUCGCGCGCUUUCAUUGAUAAGUACUUGGGUCGCUGGAAUGCUGGCGAUGCACAACAGCAGCACCAGCAGGGAACCGCCUCGGAGACGGAUGAGCAAAUGGACGAGUGCACCUCGGGAGCCACCAGUGGUGAAGAGGUCUGGGGCACACCCACCAGUGGCGGGGAUAACGAUGAUCAGGACUUGCAGCUGAUCAACUCGGAAAACACACAUUCGUCGCCAACCAAGUCGAGCACCUCCUUGAAUGACGACGACGACACGGAGUUGAUGAUGGACGAGCUGUUAAUGGCGCCACCUAUGACUGCCAGCACAAUUCGGGGAUUGUUGCCACGACGUCGCCUUGAGCCCCUUUUUGAGGAGGAGACGGAGAGCGACGAAGAGAAGACGCAACAGGACAGCGAUGACAUCAAAAAGGGGGAAGCAACGACCAAUGGCCACUACCUAGAGGAUUCGGCUGGAAGUUCAAGCGACAGCGAGUCGGUGCCACCAGCCCCACCACUAGUUCCUCGGCCAGUGGUGCCGGAUCGGGAGGAGGAUCCGUCAGCGGAGGGCCAGCAGGAGAAUCUGGCGAUGGAGGACCAGGAGGACUUGCACUCCAGCGUGGAGCGACUGCUUCCGAAUCUGGCCACGAGUGCGAUGGGGCCGCGUCCCUUACUCACCACCCGUCUACUGCCCACCACGGCUAUCGAUCCUCAGCCGCCGGCAGUACUGGUGGCCUCAUCCUGCGAGUAUCUGCUCGAUCAGCGCCCCUCGAGCGUACCAGGACGCGAUCUCGCCGGCGGGAGCAUAGGCACCACCACGAUGACAUCCUCUCGGCCGACGCCUCUGUCUCCGGCGAAGGCAGCAGCGACACCGAUCGGGAUGAAUGCGACGAUGACAACGAAGACGACGACGACCACGAUGAUGACGCCGAGUCGAGCUCCCUCAUCGACUAUUUCAACAAUCAGCAGCGCGAGCGACACUACCAGCUCCGGCGGCAGAGCCAGCGGCAGACCUCCGAGAUUUGUACCGCCGCCACCGCCUCCGCGUCGCUUGCUCCUCACGCAGACCGAUCUAAUCGCUGGUCAGGCCAAAACGGAGCUACCUCGAAAAAAAUCUGGCGCUACUGCUGACAGUGGCUGCUCGGUGGCUGUCGGCGACGCCGCCAGCGCUUCGGACCCAACCGCUAUCGGGUCAAGGACAAUGCCAUCAACACCGAGUACCAGCAGCUUGGCGUCAGCGGUGGCCCCAAAACGACCGUCAUCAACGAUAAUAGAGACCUGCCUGCUGGGGGCACCCAGGCCCGCCUCAGCCACUUCAUCAGCAACAGCCUCGAGAAUGGCAAAGCCGAUCCGCCAGAGUCCACCCACCCAGCACCAGUCGCAGCCGAGGGGUCAGAGCUGCCCGGCUGCAGUGCCAGCACCAUCGACGGCUGCGCCAGACGCACCCACUGUCCCAAUGCCCCACGCUGGAUGCGGCCUAAGCCCAAGGCUGGAAAUGCGGCUGGCCCUCAACCACGACAUUCUCGGGGACGAGGACUUGAUCUGCUACGAGCCUGGUCCCGAUCUAACGACUAUUCUGGGGCACGACCUCUCCACAUUUCAUCGUCUGACGGGUCGCGAUUUAUUGAGUCGUUCAGCCACGAACAGGGUGCAGCCAAAAGAGGCUGUCAUAUCGUACUCUCAACAACGCAACUCAAAGAUGGACACGCCGACGGUGAACCGCCGGCCCCGCCCCCUCUCAGCGGGCGCCUUGGGCGGCUCCACCAGCAACAGCAAUCCGAACAACAGUCGCAGCAGCAGCAGCCACGGCAACAGUCCGCUCGGCGGUGGUUUAACCCGUGCCGGCGUCGAGCCAGUGGGCCAACAGCAGCUGGUGGUUCAAGCAGGUGGUGGAUCUGCUGGUCGAGUAGGCGGCGGGAGCGGAAGCGCCGGCGGCAACAGCACCGCCUGCAGCUCCAACAGAGGCGGGAGCAAAUUAGGCGAUCUGGAAAUCUUAGCGAGACGCGAGAAGAUAUACUCCAUGUCUCAAUCGAGGAGUGGCUGUCGAGUCAGGGAGACGACGUCCACGACCACUCUGAUGGCCAUGGCUACGGAGAUGCGUUCGGGGAUGGAUUCGGAGAAACGCGACUCUUCCUGGCCCAAACGAGCAGCUGCAGCAGCCUCUCUGACGAGGACGAGGAGUUCUACUUCGAUGGACGGAGCGGGAGCCAUCAGUACCACAACCACAACCACCACAACAAUGACUGAGGAGGCCUUCCUUGAGACCGAAGUGGGCAGAUCUAAGCGCUUGAUAAACUUUAUAAAGCGUCGCAACUCCGAGAUAACCGCCAGUAGCACCAGCAGCACCCCCAACUUCUCCGACGGCGCCAUUGGCGAGCAGCCCCAACCGAGCCACAGCCAGAGCAGUCUUCUUCUCCAGAAGCUGCCGCCGGGUCAAUCGCAGGCCCAGGACUCAGUGGAAAUGGCCCAAAUGUCGCCGCGCAAGGAUAACGACAAGCCAUCGCUGAAUCGCCGCCUCUGGAAGCAAAUCACCAAACGCAGACGCACCAACUCCGUGUCCCAAAUAGUCGCAGGCUAGGGGAGUCACCACCCGUUGAUCCGUCGAUCCGUCGCCCCCACUUGUCCCCUCUGUUACUUUCACUAACCGUGUUGUGUGGCUAGAUCUUAGCCUCGAUCCGCGAUUGCCGCUGAGCAGCAGCAGCAAUCGACGAGCGAUGGCAGACAACAAUUUGCACGGGACAGCCCGUCGAUAGGCAGUAAUCAACUGUAACCAUAUCACGGUGAUCUUCACGGGCUGUCCCACCGAAAGAACUGGCAAAAGCUAAACCAAAAACUUAGUAGUAUGUUAAGAAUUUUGAUACGACUUUGUAGCUAGCGAAUCCCCCGGAUCGCAACGAUACCGGGCAGCUCUAGGCGUCCAAUUGCGUCCAAAAAAACGAUAAGCGAUAAGCGAUAAGCGACUAAAACGAUAAAAAUGAUAGAAAUGAUAAAAGUCGAUUCUCCUGCCAGCAGAGCCAAGGAACCGAGUCCCAGCCAAAUAUGAUAUAGACAACGAACGUUGGUAGUACUGGGCACACUCACUCACUCACUCACUUCAAAAUAGACAUUGUAGACAUCAAAAACAAAAAAAAAAAAACUUAACACAUAACAAAUAACACUUCAGUCCAGCCAAAUGAAUUAGGAUCUAGAGGAGUUCGUAAACUGACUAUUUUUUAGAGAUCAUGAUUAUGUCUUAGCUUAGCAGUUUUGGGUUUAUGUUGCGGGAUUGAGACAGUGAAUUUGCCUUACGUAUCCAAUGAACUAUUGUAUGGGUAGCUUAACGUAGUAGUCUUUAUACACAUAAAAUUUACAGCCUCAGCAGUUCGUAGUAGUCAGUCGUUAGUAGUUGGUCGUAAUAAAAGUUUAAGUACUUCAAUUCCACGUUUUUCUCAACUAUUUACAAACGGAACUUUUGCAUCAGUUGCUCUUAUGUAUAUGUAUAUGUAUAUGUGUAAAUAUAUAUAUAUAUACGAGUAUAUAUAGCGAGUCUUGGUAGUAGUUCAUUUCACAUUGAAAUUGAUAUUGGAAUUGCAAUUGGAAUUUGAAUCGGGAAUGGCACGAAAAUUGUUGAACGCAGCGCCCAGCUGGAAAAUGCUAACAAAUUAUACGAAUUAAUAACAAACGAUCAAGUACAUUUAUCAGCUUUAAUAGAAAAUCUAAUAUAUAUACAUGAAUCCAAAUAGUUCUAGAUAUAGUUAAAUAAUUGACAUAUGCGAAUUACUUUUGAAUAGUGAGUACGCGAUCGAGUUAUUAGGCAUUUAUCACUCACAUUCACUCGAAGCAUUCAUUGAUCCUGCACCGUUUACCAACACGUGAGAUAUGCGGUAACUUAGUUUGUAAACUCAAAAAACACACAAUACAUUUUACGUAUAUGGGGCUACUGGAUGGAGUGUAUUCAACAUUUGCGGUAUACUCGUGCAUAGAUUUUUUUUUGGUCAAUAUUUGAAUUUUACGAGAGUAUCCAGAGUGCAGGCAC